CGUGAUCAAACUGUAAACAAAAUAUCAAAGUUGAACAAGUUUAAAGCGAAUUGCAAUUAAUAGAAACACCUAGGUGCAGUUUGAUUUGCAGUCAUUUUUAUACAAAACCAUUGUAAAAACGAGUCCAACAUGAAGUUACGCGUUCGGAAGUCGGAGUACCAGCGUUCAUAUGCAAAACCAAGCGACGAAUAUAUAAAAACGUUGUAUCGCGAUCAAGUAACUUAUAGAUCACAACGUCGAGAAAAGGAACAGGAGCAUUUCAAGUUUAAGUGGGAAUCGGAAAGCAGUGAUUCAAAAAGCGACAAGGGGAGUGACAACCAAGAUUGCAAUGACAACAACACAAAUCUGGAAGUUGAAAGUAUCGAAGCUGUUGAUAGACUCAGCGGAGGAGAAAACUCUGAAAAAGAAAUGGAAGAAGUAGAAUCUGCAGAACAAAAUAAGGCAACAAAUAAGAUUAAAAAUUCGGAACGAAAUUCUCGAGUAAAAAGUCGGAGUUCUACGAGAUGUAAAUCAAGAGAACGAAGCACGAGUGCUAAGCCUCCCUUUGUUAGUUAUGGCUGGGCAGAUGAACAACUAGAAACUGGGAGAAAAAAGACACAUAACGUACAAGCACCAAGGAAAUCUGUACAUGUUGCUGCAUUAAAGAGACAAAGUUACAUGGAAAAGCUGAAAGAAAAGAAGUUACGAAGUGCUAGCCGAGCAUCAUCUAUAUUAAACGUUCCAGUACUGCAGAAUAAAGCAUCAGAUUCAUCAGCGUGGCAAACAGAAUAUCAACGAUGUUUUUCCAGACAGUCGGAACGACCGGAAACCUCAAACAGCAAAAGAUCUGGUCGGAAAUCAAAGCAGUCAAGAAAAUUGAAACGAGUUUGACAUUGUUUGCAUUUCCAGAAGAUGGCACCAAAUUUUAUUGCGUCCUUUUAACAUUUUAUAGAUAUUUCAUAGUUUAUAUACAGACACAUUUUACUGUAGAAGUCCUUUUAGCAUUUACCUCUAAUUUUAAAAGGAUUAUUUUUUGCUGCUAUGGUAUGGUUUUAUAUUGAGGUGAAAAAACAUUUGCCAAACUAAUAAGAUCUUAUAAGGAAUUUCCCAUUGUUUAUGUUGUGCAUAGCAAGAGUAAUAGUUUAUUAAUAACAAUGUA